AUGUCACUCUCUUCUAAGGAACAACUCCACCUACUGCCAACCCCUCCCACCCCCCCCCCACCUCCACUGCCACCGCCAGAACCUGACCCACAACCACGGGCUCACCCUGAACUUCCGCCUCCACCACCUCCACCGCCGCCACCACCACCAAUAACUCCACCAUCUGCUGAACCUCUAGUGCCAAAGCCAAAGCUAAAGCCAGCACCACCUCCUUUGCCAAACCCAAACCCUGAGCCACCUCGACGUCCCCCACCGCGACCUCCUCCUCCACCUCCAGCCCUUAGUAGAAGAGGAGGAGGAGUGGUGGUUGGAGAGGAGGAGGAGGAGGAGGAGGAGAGCAAAGGUGCAAACAAGGUUGGAAUGUGCCAUUUCCUUGUUUCUAAAGAGGAGGGCUCGAAUGAGGAUGAGAAAGAUUGA